UCCGAGGAGGAAGCGCAGCCCUUUCCCCUCCCUCGCCGCCCCGGGCCCAGCGGGAGCCCCCCAGUGCGCCUGUGCGGAGGCCUGCUUGAUUAUGUGUGCCCUCCUCGGGCGGCGGCGUUAGCGGCCGGGUGGAGAUGGUCUCUAGCGACCGGCCCGUGUCACUGGAGGACGAGGUCUCCCAUAGUAUGAAGGAAAUGAUUGGAGGCUGUUGCGUUUGCUCAGACGAGAGAGGCUGGGCCGAGAACCCGCUGGUUUAUUGCGACGGGCACGGCUGCAGCGUCGCGGUGCAUCAAGCUUGCUAUGGCAUUGUUCAAGUACCUACUGGACCAUGGUUUUGCAGGAAAUGUGAAUCUCAGGAGAGAGCAGCCAGAGUGAGAUGUGAGCUGUGUCCCCAUAAAGAUGGAGCUUUAAAAAGAACAGAUAAUGGGGGUUGGGCUCAUGUGGUUUGUGCCCUCUAUAUUCCAGAGGUACAAUUUGCCAAUGUCUCUACAAUGGAGCCAAUCGUUUUACAGUCUGUCCCACAUGAUCGUUAUAAUAAGACUUGCUAUAUAUGUGAUGAACAAGGAAGAGAAAGCAAAGCAGCUACUGGUGCUUGCAUGACAUGUAAUAAACAUGGAUGUCGACAGGCUUUCCAUGUAACCUGUGCCCAGUUUGCUGGGCUGCUUUGUGAAGAAGAAGGAAAUGGUGCAGACAACGUCCAGUACUGUGGCUACUGUAAAUACCAUUUUAGUAAGCUGAAAAAGAGCAAACGGGGAUCUAAUAGGUCAUAUGACCAAAGUUUAAGUGAUUCUUCCUCUCACUCUCAGGAUAAACAUCAUGAGAAAGAGAAAAAAAAAUACAAAGAAAAGGACAAACACAAACAGAAACACAAGAAGCAACCAGAACCAUCACCUGCCUUGGUUCCUUCGUUGACUGUUACUACAGAAAAAACUUACACAAGCACUAGCAACAACUCUAUAUCUGGAUCAUUGAAGCGCUUGGAAGAUACUGCAGCACGAUUUACAAAUGCAAAUUUCCAGGAAGUCUCUGCACACACCUCUAGUGGAAAAGAUGUUUCAGAGGCUAGAGGGUCAGAGGGAAAAGGGAAGAAAUCUUCAGCUCACAGCUCAGGUCAAAGGGGAAGGAAGCCUGGUGGUGGACGAAAUCCAGGAACAGCUGUGUCAGCAUCUAGCCCCUUUCCACAAGGCAGUUUUUCAGGAACUCCAGGCAGUGUAAAAUCAUCUUCUGGGAGUUCAGUGCAAUCUCCUCAGGACUUCUUAAGUUUUCCAGACUCAGAUCUGCGGAAUGACGGUUAUUCUCACUCCCAGCAGUCAUCAUCAACCAAAGAUGUACAUAAAGGAGAGUCUGGAAGCCAGGAGGGGGGAGUAAAUAGUUUCAGUUCUUUAGUGGGUCACCCUGUGGCCUCAACUGUUAUUUCACAGCCUAAAAGCUUUGAAAAUUCACCUGGAGAUUUGGGUAGUUCCAGCCUCCCUACAGCAGGAUAUAAGCGAGCUCAGACUUCUGGUAUAGAAGAAGAAGCUGUAAAAGAAAAGAAACGAAAAGGAAAUAAACAAAGUAAACAUGGGCCUGGCCGACCCAAAGGAAACAAAAAUCAAGAAAAUGUUUCUCACCUCUCAGUUUCUUCUGCUUCACCAACAUCAUCUGUUGCAUCAGCUGCAGGAAGUGUAACAAGCUCUAGCCUUCAGAAAUCUCCUACGUUGCUCAGGAAUGGAAGUCUGCAGAGUCUUAGUGUUGGCUCAUCUCCAGUUGGUUCAGAAAUUUCCAUGCAGUAUCGGCAUGAUGGAGCUUGUCCAACAACUACUUUCUCAGAGUUGCUGAAUGCAAUACACAAUGGUAUUUAUAACAGCAAUGAUGUAGCUGUAUCCUUUCCAAACGUGGUGUCUGGCUCGGGAUCUAGCACUCCUGUCUCUAGCUCUCACAUACCUCAGCAGUCAUCUGGGCAUUUGCAACAGGUGGGAGCCCUCUCCCCCUCAGCUGCGUCAUCUGUAACCCCUGCAGCCACUACAACUCAGGCGAACGCCCUUUCUGGACCUUCUCUUAGCCAGGCGCCAGCUCAUCUCUAUGGCAGUAGAUUAAAUCCAAAUCCACCCAUGGCCGUUCUCAUAGCACAGUCUGAAAGCAACCAAACAGAUCAAGAUCUCGGAGACAAUAGCCGAAGCCUAGUUGGUCGAGGAAGCUCACCCCGAGGAAGCCUCUCACCAAGAUCCCCUGUAAGCAAUUUACAGAUUCGCUAUGAUCAACCAAGCAAUAGCAGUUUGGAAAAUCUGCCUCCAGUAGCAGCAAGUAUUGAACAACUUUUGGAGAGGCAGUGGAGUGAAGGACAGCAAUUUUUAUUAGAGCAGGGUACUCCUAGUGACAUUUUAGGAAUGCUGAAGUCAUUACACCAACUUCAAGUUGAAAAUCGAAGAUUAGAAGAACAAAUUAAAAACUUGACUGCCAAAAAGGAACGUCUUCAGUUACUGAAUGCACAGCUUUCCGUGCCUUUUCCAACAAUAGCAACCAAUCCUAGUCCACCUCAUCCGAUACACACAUUUCCUGCACAGACAGCUCCUACUACGGAUUCAUUGAACAGCAGUAAGAGCCCACAUAUAGGAAACAGCUUUUUACCUGACAAUUCUCUUCCUGUAUUAAAUCAGGACUUGGCGUCCAGCGGACAGAGCACCAGCGGUUCUUCUGCUCUUUCUACCCCCCCUCCCGCUGGGCAGAGUCCAGCUCAGCAAGGCUCCGGAGUUAGCGGGGUUCAGCAGGUCAAUGGUGUGACAGUAGGGGCCCUGGCUGGUGGAAUGCAGACUGUAACAUCCACCAUUCCUGCCGUGUCUGCAGUUGGUGGAAUAAUUGGAGCUUUGCCAGGUAACCAACUGGCAAUUAAUGGCAUCGUAGGAGCUUUAAAUGGCGUGAUUCAGACCCCUGUCACAAUGUCCCAGAACCCUGCCCCCCUCACCCACUCCAGUGUACCACCUAACGCGGCUCAUCCAAUGCCGGCAGCUGCACUGACUAACAGUGCUUCGGGGCUAGGACUCCUGUCCGACCAACAGAGACAGAUGUUCAUCCAGCAGCAGCAGUUCCAGCAGCUGCUAAACUCCCAGCAGCUCACACCUGAACAGCACCAGGCCUUUCUGUACCAGCUAAUGCAGCAGCAGCACCACCCACCUGAGCUCCAGCAGCUCCAGCUCCCUGGGCCCACACAGAUCCCCAUCAACAACCUCCUUGCAGGCACUCAGGCGCCCCCACUUCACACGGCCACCACCAACCCCUUUCUCACCAUCCACGGGGACAACACAAGUCAGAAAGUCACAAGACUUAGUGAUAAAGCUGGACCUGUAGCUCAGGAGAAAAGUUGACACUGAAAGCCUCUGCUGCUCCUGCUCCCUGGGCGGCUCUGCACCUCUGCACAGCUGUGAUGACGGAAGGCGGCAGGGGUGCACAGGAAAGGACGUCACGUGCACUCCUAGGAGGCUUUGCUUAGUUUUCCUGCCACUUUGUUGCACUGAAAUGAAAUUCCUAUAUCCCCAUCCCCUGCCAGAGUGUUUGAACGUUGGAAGAAAAAUGAAUAACUUUUUUGUCAAUGAGAUAAUUCACACGCAGAGUUUAUCAACCCAGGAAAAUGUAAUGUGCUUGAUCCCCAGCUGGUCUUGUCACAUUAGAGACACAGAUAGUGAACUAAAGACUUAGCUCAUUUGCAAACCACUUGGUUUUAUUGUAAAAGUUGGAAUAUAAAAUAUGAUCUCAUUUGGGAUAGAGUGUGGCUGCUCUUUAGGGCAGAGCGUAUGUCUUGAGAACUGUCCAACUUCUUUUCCUGCAGUUGUAGUCACUGAGUGCUGUGAUCAUACAGGUCCUCACCUGGGGCUUUGCAAAUGUUUUAAAAUUUUUAUUGUAAUGAGAUUUUUCCGUUUGCUGAUCAGAUUAGGAUGGAAACACCUGCUUCUGCUGACAGUCUUACAAAAAAUAUUUUUUUUAUUGUUAAAAUCUAUUCCAUUUAAAGAGAUCUUGAGUUAAGUGAGUUCUAAGGCUGCUGGGAAAACCAGAUCAAUUAGAAAUGAAUAAUUUUUUUUUUUUCAGAAAGAGACACCAAUAUGGCAACUGCUGGUAGGGUCUGGCUGGCCUAGAUCAAGUGCCUGUUCGGACUCCACAUGAAAGGGCUCCAGACAGCAGAGUCGGCCACUGUGCCAGCAGCCGUCCCCGAGCCUCUGCCUUUGUUGAGACUUCUCUACGUCACUGUCGGGCUCAUGCAAACUCUCACCUUGGUAUUUGUCCACUCAUGACUCACAAGGAAGCCAGUGGAUUGGGGAGAGUAUAUGUAGUCACCCUCUCAGGAGUGCCCAUAGGAAUGAAUGGGCCACCACAGUUCCUGAGUUCUGUCUCUCAGAAUUUUGACUUUGGGUAGUCACACUCUUGAUUGUGACAGUAUGGCAGACGGGUAGGUUAAACAAUUGGGGAUAUAAUCACUGAUCUGUUUCUGAAAUGCAUGACUUACUAGUGGAAAAGACCCAGCUGCAGUUCGACCUCCACUGUGUGCUUAGCUGGAAGAACAAGCUAGCUCCGCAGUCUGUCUCCUGGUGACUGCACAGUUCUUACCUCACUUCUGUAAAUACGGUUUGUGAAUCUGUUUUGUAAUGUGAAAAAUUCAUAAGAUAACAUUGAUAUUUUGAUUUGUAAUAUUUCUAAUUGGUAGAUUUAAUUGAAAAGUAAAAUUAAUUUAUUUUUAUAUGUUCAGGGGAAUUUUAAAGUCAAACCUUUUGUAGAUAAUUUCAAAGAAUCAGUGUGGUUUAUUUUACUUAUUUAACCCACUGGUUGUUAUUCUGUAACAAUUUGUAUAAAUGGUAAAUUUUGAAUGUGCUGUUAUUUUCCUUAGAUGUAAAAUUCCACAUGUAUUAAAAUGUACAAAGUUUUGUUAAUAAAAUUUAAUGA